UAUAAUAGGGUUAUGAUAUUUUUUACUGAACAUUAAUUGUUCUUGAUUUGUUCAUCCUCUCAAAUUACGCAGAUCUUUCUUGGAUCUUUUCUCCCUUUUAUCAGCAUUAGGCAAAAAUGAGUUCCAGUCCUUGGUUGAACAUUCUUCUUCUUCCCAUUUUAGUUGCCUCUCUCUUCACUAAUCCCAUGAGUGAUAAUGAAAUCCAAGAGAAGAUCAAUUAUGUUUGUCGCCAAAUGGAGGAAUUUGGCUUUUGCAACCAAACAUUCAAUGAAAACUUGAAAAGCACAACAACGGACUAUGUGGGUUUGACCCAGAUAACAAUAGAGCAAGCUAUAACCAAUUCAACAAACACACAUGCGUUUGUUCAGCAACUUCUGGAGAGCGCAACUUCUGAACCAUUGAGAAAUGCUCUUAUAGAAUGUAAAAAUGCUUAUAGUACAGUGGUGCAAUCUUUCCAUGAAGCUAUGAAAUAUUUUGAACAAAAAGAAUAUAGUAGUAUGGUUAAAUCUGAAAUGGUAGCACCUAGGGCGCAAAGCGAUUGCUCUUCAAGAUUUAGUAUCUCUCCAUACCGUAAAAACCCUUUGGCUGAUAGGAAUAGAGAAAUGAGGAUCAUCAUUGCCAUGGCUAUAGUCACAGGACAUCAGCUUGACGUUUAUACUAAUCAGAACAUGAUUAGUUUUUAUCUCAGUUUUUCUUAGCUUGGCCAAUUCCUUGUAUAACCUUAUAUUUUUGCUUGUAUGAGGAUCAUAAUUCAGUGAUUAAUCUUAUUUGUUUGCUUGUUUAA